GGGCGGGUCUGCGGUCUGUCCGUCACCGGGGGGCGGAGCUGGAGCUGGAGCCGGUGCCGCCGACAGGGCCUGUGGACGCGGGACCGGGACCGGGAACUGGGGCCGGAGCCGGCUGGGGCGCGGUGCUGAGCGAGGAUGGAGUCGGUGUUCCGCAGCGAGGAGAUGUGCCUGGCCCAGCUCUUCCUGCAGGCCGCCUCGGCCUACGACUGUGUCAGCGAGCUGGGGGAGGCCGGCCUGGUGGAGUUCCGCGACCUGAACCCUAGUGUGACUACGUUUCAGCGCAAGUUUGUCACUGAGAUGAGGAGAUGUGAGGAAAUGGAGAAGACUCUAGGUUACCUGCUGCAGGAAAUUAAAAGGGCAGAUAUCUCUCUGCUGGACAGUGAAGUGAAUCCCGUCGCCCCGCUGCCAAAACAUGUCUUAAAAAUACAAGAGCAGCUCCAGCAGCUGGAGGCAGAGCUGAGAGAGGUGACAAAGAACAAAGAGACUCUGAAGAGGAACUUUCUCGAGCUUAACGAGUAUAAUCACAUGCUGAGAGUGACCCAGGACUUUGUGAGAAGAACUUCAGAGCUCGAUCUCUUGUCCCAAGCUCAAUACGAAGAAUUUCCUUCCUUGGACAAAGAACCACUGAUGGAUUAUACAAACAUGCAGCGACUUGGAGCGAAGCUCGGGUUCAUAGCGGGAGUGAUCCACCCAUGGAAGGUCGGCCCCUUUGAGCGGAUGCUGUGGCGAGUGUGCAAGGGUUACACAAUCCUCACGUACGAAGAGUUAGAGAUCCCUCUGGAAGAUCCUGACUCGGGGGAGAAUGUAAAAUGGGUGGUGUUCCUCGUGUCAUACUGGGGGGAGCAGAUCGGCCACAAGGUGAAGAAGAUAUGUGACUGUUACCACUGCCAUGUGUACCCCUACCCUAACACCAACCAGGAGCGGAUGGACAUCGUGGCCGGCCUCAACACUCGAAUCCAAGACCUACACACCGUACUGUACAGAACUGAGGAGUACCUGCAGCAGGUGUUGCUCAAGGCAUCAGAGUCCAUCCAUACCUGGCUCGUUCAGGUGAAGAAGAUGAAGGCCAUUUACCACAUUCUCAACCUCUGCAGUUUUGACGUCACCAACAAGUGUCUGAUUGCUGAGGUUUGGUGCCCAGUGGCUGAUCUGUCCAAGGUUCGCCAAGCUUUGGAAGAAGGAUCUAGGAAAAGCUCUGCCACUGUUCCAUCGUUCGUGAACCGGAUACCCACAACCGACACCCUGCCGACUCUCAUCCGCACAAACAAGUUCACGUCUGGAUUUCAAAACAUUGUCGAUGCUUAUGGAGUGGGAAACUAUCAGGAAAUUAACCCAGGUCCUUACACCGUCGUCACCUUCCCCUUCCUGUUUGCGGUGAUGUUUGGAGACUGUGGACAUGGUUUGAUCAUGACCGUGUUUGCCUUGUGGAUGGUGCUGUCGGAAAACAACCACAAACUGCACCGCACGAGAAACGAGAUCUGGAACAUGUUUUUUGAUGGCCGUUACAUCAUUCUGAUGAUGGGAAUAUUUUCCUUGUACACUGGACUGAUCUACAACGACUGCUUUUCAAAGUCCUUGAAUAUAUUUGGGUCUGGAUGGAGCGUCAAAAAUAUGUUUGUUAAUGAAAGUAGGAUGGUGACUGAAGUCAGGGGCAAUCAGUUCCUCAGCUUGGAUCCCAACGUGUCUGGAGUGUUCAAAGGGCCCUAUCCUUUCGGCAUUGACCCGGUUUGGAACCUAGCAAGCAAUCGUCUCAAUUUCCUGAAUUCAUUUAAAAUGAAAAUGUCGGUGAUCCUUGGUAUUACGCACAUGACAUUUGGAGUCAUCCUUGGAGUCUUCAAUCAUUUGCACUUUAAGAAUAUCUGCAGCAUCUACCUGGUAUUUAUUCCGGAGCUGGUCUUCAUGGUCUCUCUUUUCGGAUACCUUAUGUUUAUGAUCAUUUACAAGUGGCUGGCGUAUUCUGCUGCAAACUCUAAUCUGGCUCCAAGCAUCCUCAUCCAUUUUAUCAACAUGUUUGUGAUGCAAAGUAAUGAUAAUGCACUGCUGUACACUGGGCAGAAAGGAUUCCAAAUGUUCCUGGUGGUGAUCGCUCUGCUGUCAGUUCCAAUCUUGCUGUUUGGGAAGCCUGGAUAUUUGUACUGGAGGCACCACGGAGGCAGAAGCUUUGGGACGUACAGAAAAGGCUACACGCUUGUGCGUAGAGGAAGUGAAGAAGAGGUGUCGCUACUGAGAGCUCAUGAAAUGGAACAGGGAGAAAACCAUUCGAACCAUUCCGGGCAACCAGAUGGAACUGAUCAGGAGUUUAAUUUUGGAGAUGUUUUCAUGCAUCAAGCUAUUCACACCAUUGAAUAUUGUCUGGGCUGUGUGUCGAAUACUGCCUCGUACCUGAGGCUCUGGGCUCUCAGUCUGGCUCAUGCUCAGCUGUCGGAGGUGCUGUGGGGGAUGGUGCUGCACCUGGGACUUCGCAUGGACAAUGACUUUGGUUCCUUGUUGUUGUUCCCUGUCUUUGGCAUCUUUGCGGUUCUGACUGUCGCAGUUCUGCUGGUCAUGGAGGGUCUCUCAGCGUUCUUGCACGCUCUCCGAUUGCACUGGGUGGAAUUUCAAAACAAGUUCUACAUGGGCAAUGGAUACAAAUUCUCUCCGUUCUCCUUCAAGCUGCUGACUCGUAAUUGUGAUGACUUUGCCUAGUGUGCGUUGUGCAUGGAAAUUUCACGAGCAGAAGUGGCAUGAUCAUGUGACUCUCAUGGCAAAUGUUUUUGCACUGAAUGCCUUACCAGAUACCGACACCCAUUUCCUGCUACACACUGACAAAUGCUUUCAUUGCAAUCUCAGGUACUUCAACAUUUGAAAGUAUGCGAAGGACAAUAAUGUACCAAGCAUGUUCACUGUGACAGAAGAUGCACUAGAGCUGCUGACGUUUGUUAUUUGGUGCUUGCGACGAGGAAUGUUUCUCUGCAGUGAUUGCCAUUAAAUUUCGGUCAAUAUCUGAGUUUGUACUUGUGACUGUGAGUGCCAAGUAGAGAAUGUGUUUCCCAUUGAUGCAGCCUGCUCGUCCCUCUCUACCACGCAACUGGCACUAACCUUGCGUGUCCAGUCUCGGCGAUGGAACCAGGAUAGCGGUCCGUGGGGCACUGGGGAUGAUGGAGGCAGGGGGUAAGACACAUGGGCAGCUGAGGAUCCAGGCAAGCUGGCAUUCGGAGCACAUCUUAUUCCCAAUUUUCACACAGUUCGAUGCACUAACAUCCUUCAGGGCUGACAUUCAACAAGUACUGCCUGCCCUUUUGUGAGGAGUUAAAGAAUUGUGGUGUUAAAUAAAUGUUUCAGGUGAAAGAGCUUUUGCCAGAACUGGGAAAGAGAAAAACGUGUAGGAAGGAAGUGCAGAUGCUGGUUUAAACCGUAGACACAAAAAGCUGGAGUAACUCAGAGGGACAGGCAGCAUAUCUGGAGAGAAGGAAUGGGUGAUGUUUCAGGUCGAGACCCUUCUUCAGAUGAAAUCUGAAUCUCCAGUCUGAAGAAGGGUCUCGACCUGAAACAUCAUCCAAUCUUUCUCUCCAGAGAUGCUGCCCGUCCCACUGAGUUACUCCAGUUUAAAGAGUGAAAGGAAGUUAGUUUUCUGAUUGAGAAGGUUGAGUGAGGGAUGGGAAUGUCUGUAAGGAGAGCCCACAAGACAGUGAGAAAUACAUGGUGUGUGGCUAGCAGUGAGGCUGUGGGCCAUGGAUUCCAUUCACACACAUACAAUAGACAGACAUGUCCAGUCCCUUACUGACAAGGAUGGAGAAUGGAGUCCAGGUCUGCCACGUGCCAAGACAGACCACGAGGUGCUGUUCCUCAAGCUUGUGUUGGACCUCGAUCUAACAGGCUGAGAGAGGGUGUCGAAGAGUUAAAGUGGCCGCAACUGUAAGGUCAGCUUUGCCUCUGCUGCCUGAACCGGGGUACUCUGCAAAGCAAUCGCUGGAAUGUGUUCACUUUCUCCAGCGUCGAGGAGUAAGCAAAUGCAGAUCUGCUGCUGGCUCGGCAAUACCCCUGUGUUCAGUCUGCAGGAGGGAGCCUGCGAUUCCUGCUGCCAUAACUUUCCAUCCCCACCCCAUCUCCCAGUAAUGGACUGCACUAAGUAAUGAGGCCAACACGAUACAGAGAAUGGGCUGCAUCCUCCGUCUGGGGAUGUGGCAGCCUUGUAGACUCAGCUUCCAGCUCUCCCACUUCAGGCAACUUCCUGUCUGUGUGAGAACUUGGUGUCUGUCUAUUAUCUGUCUGUGAACUGGAUCAGUUUAUCUCUCCCUCAGUAUAGCCCAGUUUACUGAUCUUUACAAAGACAUAAUCUGCCAGUUUGUCUCACCCCAUCAACAUCCUCUUUGUUCUCCACACCCCUUCCCUGAAGCCUAAUUUAUUUUCUCUUUCCCAAUACUGAGGAAGGGCCUCAGACCUGAAAUAUUAACUCUGCUUCUCUUUGCACAGAUACGGUCGAACCCAUUGGCUUUUUCCAGCAUUUUAUGUUUUCUCCAGCACCUGUAGAUUUUUUUCACGGAUCUGCAUGUUUUGUAGAUUCUCCAGUUUGCUUCGUGUCGACCUGGGGUUUGCUGUAAAUGAUUCCCCUUCUCUCCAGUGCCAGGCACAAACCAGACCUGGAGUGGUCCUGAGGGGGUCGCCACUGUUAGUAGUGGAGGUAGUUAGUCAAAGGCUGCCUGUCUGCACAAUCACCAACCAUCACAACCAUAGUUACAGCAAAGCGCAGGUAGGAUGUGUAGCGAGGAUAUAUUUAAGGUGUUUGAAUGUUGUGUGAUGUGAUUGUCACCUUUUAAUUGCUGUGAAUCUCAUGCCUGGUUUUUAAUAAGUGGCCUCAUUAGCGCCUGAGCUUUCAGGAGAUGCUGCUGCUCGCAAUUCACUGUGAACUUAUCAAAGGUGACAACGCAACAAACUCGAACAAAGAUGUCUCUCGUGUUUAGCAGAAACUGUUUUUAAACAAAGUCUACUUUGAAGCUACUAAUCAGCUGCUUUGCCGUUAACGUUGCAGGUCUGUAGUUGCACAGCUUUCAGUGUUUGUCAGGUUGAAAUGUAGUAAAUUAUACUGACAGGGGUGUGACUUCCAGCUGUGCUGCAAGCACUUUCAUCUCUUCCCAUCACAUUCCAUGUUCUGGGGACCACAUCUCUUUGUUCUGAUAUUUUAUUUGGUGAGUUUUGGUAUCCAUGGGCAAUAUUAUUCCAAGGAGGAGGGAGAGAUGCAAAUUACAGCCGUUGCAGCUGAUUCUUCACCCAUCAACUAAACCACAUGUUAAACGCGAGCCUCUCCUUACCUGGUGGUUUUGCCUUGCCUGUGACUAUCUGGGUGAAUUUGACAACAUUGUUUGACAAUUUGAGCUUAUUUAUACUACACUUUUCUUUAGCUGGGAUUAGAGAGCAGCAAAGUUAGUUGUUUAAAAAUAGAUAUUCUGGUAAAAUGUGAUAUAAUUACAUUUAAUUUGAUUGUUACUUUUUGCAAUGCUUCUAGCAGCUAAAUACUUCAAUGCUCGAUCUACUUUCUGUAAAGUUAUAAUGUGCUUGGAUUUCACUUUUGAUAUGUAAAAUUGAAGGUGGCCAUGUUGAUUAGGCAAACAGAUUGAACAGAUAAUUUAAUGAGCUGAGUUUAUAAAACCCAGAUUCAGUUUCGGGUCACAUCUGAAAUUGCUAUCAUUUUAUAAAUGCAGUUUUAUGAUUUACAAAUGUCUCUGGUUUACAUGAUGCAGACCGCCUGAACUCCUGAAACGAAGUCUGAAAAAUUAGGGUUUUUUUAAGGACAAAUAGAUAUUUUUAUCAUUAAUAAUUUCAGUACCUUUUAAGGUAUAUUUCUUUCUUGCUUUUUGCAGCAUUUACCUGAUCUAACAUUCACUGUCUACAGAUAUACACAAACUGUUCAUAUUAAUGUUGAAAUAUUUAGUGCAAAUGAUAAUGUUUCUGUUAAACUUUGGCAUAUCGCCAGAGUGGAUUUUUAGUUUCAUACUAAAAAUAAAAGGUUCUUUGAUUCAUGACUCC